AUUGGCUAAAGUCAUGUUGACAAAGAAAGAUAACCACUACUCCUCUUCUUCAGAAAAAUGAAUCAAUAGUAAUUUCUAUAUUCUAUACCUUAUGCACUUUUGCAACCAGAGAAUUACACAGUCAAGUAUUGGGGACAUGUCAACUAUCACAAGGAUGUUGCAAUUUGCAGAUGCUGAGAUUUGAGCCCUUCCAAAGAUGUUGGUGCGGCUGAAGAAGAAGCUGCUGCUGCUGACACUGAUCCUGGGUGCCGUGCCUGUCAUCCUCAUGCUGUACCUCGUUAUUAGCACAGAUGAUCCCUACAGUGGAGGGGGAAGUGCCGGGCAGCUGGAGACGAGGCUGGCCGAGAGGGUCAACAGUGUGGAGGAGCAAAACAGACUGCUGAGAAAACAACUCAGUCAGGCCCAGAGUCAGCUGCUGAAGGCCCACAUGAGCCUGGCAGCGGAGAACGACGUUGUGUCGCAGACCGGCAACAAGUCCAGGGUCAAGUGCAUCAACUCUGAACCCGAGGUGCCCAAGUGUGAGGUGAUUCAGGUUGCGAUUGUCUGCGCGGGGUACAACUCAACACGCGAUGUGGUCACACUUAUAAAGAGUGUGUUGUUCUAUCGCCGUAACCCACUUCACUUCCAUUUUAUCUCUGACAGAGUCGCAGAAAUCAUUCUCAGGAAUUUAUUCACCACUUGGAAUGUUGCUGGAGUUGAGGUCAGUUUCUACCCAGCAGACACUGUGAAGCCGGACAUAUCAUGGAUCCCCAACCGUCAUUACUCCGGAGUGUAUGGGCUGAUGAAGUUGACGCUGCCUAAAACACUACCUGCUGACCUGGAUAAGGUGCUUGUUUUAGACACUGAUGUUACCUUUGCAACUGAUAUAGCAGAAUUGUGGAAAAUAUUCCGUGUCUUAAAAGAAAAACAGGCUAUUGGUCUUGUAGAGAACCAGAGUGACUGGUACUUGGGGAAGCUCUGGAAGAACCACAGACCCUGGCCGGCGCUGGGUCGUGGGUUUAACACUGGUGUGAUACUCCUCGAUUUAAAGAUUUUAAAAGAACUAAACUGGAUGCAGAUGUGGAGACUCAUUGCAGAGAAGGAGUUGAUGAGCAUGCUAGCUACUUCACUGGCAGAUCAAGACAUCUUCAACGCGGUGCUGAAGCAGUACCCCUACAUGGUCUACAAGUUGCCGUGUCAGUGGAACGUCCAGCUCAGUGAGAACACCCGCAGCGAGCAGUGCUACAGCGACGUGUCCGACCUCAAGAUCAUUCACUGGAACUCGCCCAUGAAGCUGAAGGUCAAGAACAAGCACGUGGAGUUUUUCCGUAACAUGUACCUGACGUUCCUGGAAUAUGAUGGCAACCUGCUGCGUAGGGAGCUGUUUGGAUGCGGAACGCCGGGCUCAGCCAAUCAGGUUCAAGAACAGUUGAUAUCGAAUGAAGACGACGAGUGUUACGACUUCCGGCGUGAGCGCGUGCUGGUUCACCGCACCCACCUGUACUACUUGAACUACAACUACCAGUACAUGGAGGACGACGUGACGCUGGUGGCGCAGCUCAGCAUGGACCGCCUGCAGAUGCUGGAGAUGAUCUGUAAACACUGGGAGGGCCCCAUCAGCAUCGCUCUCUACAUGUCGGACGCCGAGGCUCAGCAGUUCCUCCGCUACGCUCUGGGCUCCGAGACGCUCAUGUCCCGCAAGAAUGUCGGUUACCACGUGGUGUACAGAGACGGGCAAUUCUACCCGGUGAACUACCUCCGUAACGUGGCGCUCCAGCAGGCCCCCACACCAUACGUGUUCCUGGCCGACAUCGACUUCCUGCCCAUGUAUGGGCUGUACGAGUAUCUGAAGAAAGCUGCCCCCAUGAUGGAGCUCUCCACACAGAAAAAGGCUUUAGUGGUGCCAGCAUUUGAGACACAACGGUACCGACUGACAUUCCCCAAAUCUAAGGCAGAACUUUUGACCAUGCUGGACAUGGGAACUCUGUUUACGUUCAGGUUCCAUGUGUGGCCCCAGGGUCACGCCCCGACCAACUUUGCCAAGUGGAGGACGGCCACAACACCCUACACUGUUAGCUGGGAGUCGGACUUUGAGCCGUAUGUGGUCGUGCGGAAAGAUGUACCCCUGUAUGACCAGCGCUUCAUGGGCUUCGGGUGGAACAAGGUGGCACAUACCAUGGAGCUGGACGCCCAGGGAUAUGAGUUUGUCGUUCUUCCUAAUGCAUUCAUCAUCCAUAUGCCCCAUGCUCCUAGUUUUGACAUUGCCAAGUUCAGAUCAAGUUCAUUAUAUAGAAAAUGUCUGAAAGUUCUGAAAGGAGAAUUCCAGAGAGAUUUAUCAAAGAAAUAUGGCAUAAAAGCUCUCAAGUAUCUGUCCGUGGAGUGAUCUCAGCGGGUGAUGCCACUUCCUGCGUCAACCGAUGUGUGAGCUGUACAUAGUGUCUGGAAGACAGGAUGAAUGACGUGUGAUGUGUGAUGUGUGAUGCUGAAUGGUAGUUUCUGUGAUAAGACUGUGACUGUAUGAGCUUUGUCUUGAAUGAUAGUUGUCAAAUGAUUAAGUUUUACGUUCUUGAAAAGGAUAUUUUUAUUAUAUGAUUGGAUGAUAUUCUUGGAUAGAGUGCAAUAGAUGUUUCACAUAAUGCCAGAACUGACCACAGAUCACUUAACAUGGGGACAGAGAACCAGGUGUCAGGCUACUUCACUAGAUGGGCGAUAUACAACUGUCAACCAAAAGUUGUAAGACUAACGACUUAAAGAUCUACAACUAUCAAUUUAUGAAUCUAUUACUUUCGACUUAAAGAUCUACAACUAUCAAUUUAAGGAUCUAUUACUUUCGACUUAAAGAUCUACAACUAUCAAUUUAAGGAUCUAUUACUUUCGACUUAAAGAUCUACAACUGUCAACUUAAGGAUCUUUUACUUUUGACUUAAAGAUCUACAACUGUCAACUUAAAGAUCUAUUACUUUCGACUUAAAGAUCUACAACUGUCAACUUAAAGAUCUAUUACUUUCGACUUAAAGAUCUAUAACUAUCAAUGUAAGGAUCUAUUACUUUCGACUUAAAGAUCUACAACUGUCAACUUAAGAAUCUAUUACUUUCGACUUAAAGAUCUAUAACUAUCAAUGUAAGGAUCUAUUACUUUUGACUUAAAGAUCUACAACUAUCAAUUUAAGGAUCUAUUACUUUCGACUUAAAGAUCUACAACUGUCAACUUAAGGAUCUUUUACUUUUGACUUAAAGAUCUACAACUAACAACUUAAGAAUCUAUUACUUUCGACUUAAAGAUCUACAACUGUCAACUAAAAGUUGUAUGACUAACAACUUAAAGAUCUACAACUAUCAACUGAAAGAUUUACAAGAUAUUUGAGAUUUGACUAAGAGAAUCAUGGCUGUUGAUUAAAAGAUUUACAACUAUUGACUAAAAGGUCUACAACUAUUGACUAAAAGAUCAACAGCUGUCGACUAAAAAAUCUACAGCUGUCGACUUAAAGAUUUACAGCUAUUGAUUAAAAGAUCCAUGACUAUCACUUAAAACAUAUGUGACAUAGGUCUAAGGUAGACAUGAACUUGUAGUGCUGUGAACGCUGCAUGACACAGCAUGAUUCACUGAGGAAAAACUAACCCUACAACAGAGCUCCAGAUAAGCUUUUGGUGUUGUGGGUAUUUUACCCAUGCAUUUUAAAAUCGUUGGGUAUCAGCUAUUCUAUCUGGGUAUUCAAAUUUCUGUUACCCACUA